CGUAAAUAAACCUCCUCGGCGCCAACUAUUGAACUUAUCGACAACACAAUUGUAUUCACAGUAGUCAGUAACCUGAAUUUAUUUCCUCUCUCAAUUGGGUUUUUCCAAUAGCCAUGAAUUCAUCAAUCUUGUUAGUUGAAAUCUCAAAAUAUCAAAAAUAGCAUCAAUUCUUGGCCAAUUCUUGAAACCCCAAAUAAUGUCAAUCAUACCCCAGAAUUCAUUUUAUUUCAAGAACCCAAAAUUUUCAACCUCAUUACACCUAAAACCCUUGAAAUCCCCUCUAUAUUUCCCUACAGAAAAACCCAAUUUGCUAAAAAUUAAAUCUUUGCAAUGCCAUCAAUGGAAAAUUAAGGCCUUUGAGUCAGUGGGAACUGUAAAGGCUCAAUCUUUAGCUGAAUUUGAGUUCAAGAACCCAAUAUUUUCAACCCCUUUAGACUUUAAACCCUUAAAAAACUCUUUAUGUUUCCCUACACAAAAACCUCAUUUGCUAAAAAUUGAAUCUUUACAGUGUCAUCAAUGGAAAGUUAAGGCCUUUGAAUCAGAGGGAAGUGUAAAGGAGCAAUCUUUAGCUGAAUUUGAGUUCAAUAUUGAUGCUUUCCUUUCGAUUCUUGAGUUUUUGUGUUUGUUUUCUUCAGCUGUGGUAGCUAUUGGUUUUGCUGUGAAUUCUUGGUUUUUGGGGUCACAGAAGUGGUUAGGGAAUAGAGUAUUAGCUGCACAAUGUGUUGUGUUAGUUGGUGGAGUGAUCGUUGGUUCUGUAAUUAGGAGAAGGCAAUGGAGUAGGAUUUGUAUGGUUGAAUUUUCCAGGCCAGGGAGUGGUUUUAGAGGGGUUAAUUUGGUGGAGAGGAUUGAGAAAUUAGAAGAAGAUUUGAGGAGCUCAGCGACGCUUAUUCGGGUUCUAUCGAGGCAGCUUGAGAAGCUGGGAAUUCGAUUUCGAGUUACAAGAAAGACUCUCAAAGAUCCGGUUACUGAGACUGCAGCAUUGGCCCAAAAGAACUCAGAGGCCACUCGAGCAUUGGCAUUGCAGGGUGAGCGUCUGGAGAAGGAGCUCGGUGAGAUACAGAAGGUUCUGCUGGCAAUGCAGGAGCAGCAACACAAACAACUCGAAUUAAUUCUUGCAAUUGGGAAAGCUGGAAAGUUAUUCGAGAACAAGCGAGGACCUAAUCAAGAACCAGCUCAGAACACAAAUGAUGUAUCUAAUACAGCCAUUGAUGGAGUUCCACAGUUGGAAGUGAAUCGACUACAAUCUUUGAAGGGACAGAGAGAAACCACCAACGACAGAUGCUAGUUUCUGUAUAAACGACGAAAGGGCAUUGCAUUGCUGGUGUUAAUGGUUGAAGAUUGAUGGAUAUGCGAGGAAUCAUACCCUUUCACGUAUUGAUUUCCUCCUAAUUUUUGAGAUCAGUGUCUCGUGGGGAAGAGGAAAGACGAGAAACGGGAAAUAUUCUUGUUCGCGUUAAUUUGACAACGUAACAUUGUGUAUUAAGAAACACCAUUCCAUCUCAUGCCAUUUCUGAUAUGUUUUGAGGAUCAUUAGAGGUCAAAUUUUGUUGGCAAGUACUUCACUAUUUUCUUAUUUUAUAAACACAUUGUGAGAAAUGGAAAUGUCUGUUUAUAUUUUCUGGAAUUGCAAUAUGAGAUUGGAGAA